AUGAGUUCACCACUUUCACGUCCAUGUCUUCUCAUUCUCCUCAUUACUUCCUCCAACAUCUUUUCACCCACUUCUUCAAAAUCAACUCUUGAACCGAACCAGCUCAGAGCACUUCAAUCCUUCAACAUCCCCACUUCAACUGAUCCUUGCUCUGAACCCUCCUUCCACAAUGUAACUUUCUGUGACUCUGCCACACCCUAUCGCCAUCUUCUCUCUCUUUCCCUCUCUAACUGUUCAUCUUAUCUCACCUUAACCUUCACUGCUCUGAAAUCCCUCUCCACUCUCCAAUCUCUUCACUUCCAAAACUGUCCUAUCGUCCCCAUCACCUUCCCUUCUGAGCUCAUUGCUUCUCUCAAAUCCUUCAUCUGCAUCAACAGCCUCCGUAAGCUUAGUAGCGUUUGGCUCUCACGUCUCGAGAAUCUAUCAGAACUCACUGUGUCCAACGUGCCUGUAAAUGCUUCUGGUCUUGUUGUUAUAUUUGGACGUAUGAAGAAACUCAAGUAUAUCACUAUUUCUUACGCAAAUCUCUCUGGCUUUCUUCCUAACUUCAUAGACUCUAACGUUACCCACAUCGAUUUCUCUGGUAAUCACCUGAGAGGAAGCAUACCCACUUCGUUUACGAGGUUGGACAGUUUGGAAUUCUUGAGUCUCUCGUAUAAUUUGCUGGAUGGUGAAAUGCCCACUUCCAUUGGGGAUUUAAUAUCCCUUAAAAAUCUCUCUUUGGCUUCCAAUUCGAUUUCUGGACCCAUACCCGAUUCGGUUUCUGCCAUUCCGGGUUUGGUCCACAUGGAUCUAAGCUCAAACAAACUGAAUGGUUCGAUCCCCAAGUUCCUCUCGCAAAUGAAGGAUCUCAAGCAUUUGAAUCUGGCGAACAAUGAUCUUCAUGGGGUUUUGCCUUUCAACUUGAGUUUCAUAGAGAGACUGGAAGUGUUCAGAGUGAGUGGGAACAUGAAUUUAUGCUAUAACCAUUCGGUUCUGUCAUCAAAGUUGAAACUUGGUAUUGCUCCAUGUGAUAAACACGGAAUGCCCAUUUUUCCUCCACGAGGGAAGGAUCUUUCUUGGGAUGAUCCAAGUGAUUCAUAUUAUGAUGACUAUGAAGAUGAUGAUGGUGGUAAGGGACGUCGGCGUCGGCCUAAUAAGGUUAUUCUUGGUGUAUCAAUAGCACUUUCUUCCAUUGGGAUUCUGGGCAUUUUCUAUUUCCUCUGUUUCAAACGUCAUUGA